AUGUUUUCGUUGGUGUCCAAAUUGGAGUUGGCGAUAUUGAUUAAGGAGAUUGAGAAGAAGACAAAGGAUAACAGAAAGCUUGUGGAAGGUUCCCAUUUCGAACGAAUAGGCCGUCGUACAGAGCUUCCCAGCUUGGAGCUCUUGCCGUCUGAGGGUAUUAUGACUUCCAAAACUUCAACUGCUGCUUUCAGUAAGAUCAUGGAAGCAUUGAAGGAUGAUAAGAUCAAAAUGAUCGGAGUGUGGGGAAUGAGAGGUGUGGGUAAAACCGCCAUAGUCAAAAAAGUGGGCGGUGAAGUCAAUGGAUUGAAUCCAGUUAUAAUGUUCACGGUGUCUAAAACUCCAGACAAUGAAAAAUUUCAAAACAAAAUUGCUGAUGACAUAGACUUAAGUUUUGAGAAGAAGACCGAAGAAGAGAAAGCAGCAGAGUUAUGGAAUAGAUUAAAAGACGGAAAAUUCCUCAUUAUCCUUGAUGAUUUGUGGAAUGAGUGGAAUGACGAUGCCAACUUGAAAAAGAUAGGCAUUCCAUUGGUUGAAAACGGGAAAGGUUGUACACUCAUUUUGACCACACGUCGCAGGACAGUAUGCGAAUCUAUAAAAUUCAAGUUAUUAUUCUAA